UUAGUGUUUACAAAUAUUAUAAUGCCUAUUUGCAGAGGAUUGCCAAAGACAACAGCAGCUUUGGGGCUCAGAAGCAUUCUGGGUGAUAUGGAAUGUAAAAUUGUUGUUUAUCUCGGGUGGGUGGCCCAGGGCCUCUCAUCUGCACCAGCAGUCUCCUUACGGUGGUCCAGGCCAUCGCCAUGCGUUCUGGACACCCCAGGUGCAGGAGGUGCAGCCCAGGUCUGCAUGGCACAUCCUUCCCCUAUUGUAUUCCAUUCCUACAUUCCAUUUUUUGGGGUUUUCAAUUCCUUGAUAGGUAUGAACUUAUUCUAUUCCAUCACAAAUAUCAGCAUAAACACUUGACAAAUUAGAAGCAUGACAACUAUUGUGAUUUUGCACCAGAAAGACAGAAAAUAAAAUACGUUUUUCUCAUGCUCGUGAUCCUGCAGGAUGCUGUGCUUCAGAGCAUCAUGGGUGGGUCCGGUGGCUACAUAAUGUGCUUCUCCACAAGCAUCACCAGCGUGUUCUCCACCUGCAGAGUUCCAAGUUCCUGUACACAUCCCCCCUGAAAUCAAACUACCAAAAGUGUGCUCCUUCUGAUGCUGUUUUCUUUUCUUUUAUUGGAAAGAUGGUCUUCCUUCUGUAUUUUUAAGUUGUUUGUUAGAGAAUCAUUCCAUGGUCAAAAAUACUGGAGAAUUUCUGACCCUUGGUGAUGACAUUUUCAGUCCAUUUGUGACAUCACAGAGAUGGACGCUUGCCUGCUCCUCACUACUCCAAUCUCACUGAAGUUGGCCUCAGGAAGUUGCUGGGCUCAGCAACUGGGGGAAGUUGGGGGCCACUAGGGAGACAGAGCAGAGCUGUGCCCUAGAGAUGCAGAUGAGCAGAAGGAGCCCUUUCCCCUGGUGAAGCCAAGACUCAUUAUGCUGACAUCUUGUGACAGCAGUGGGAGUUGGCCAUGAGCCCUGGGCCUGGGGAAGGAUAAACGGAGCCUGGCGUGCUGCUCUCAGAAUCCGCCCUGAGCCAGCUGCACAGCCUGUGCAGGUGAGCGCUCUUGACUCUGAGGACUGCGGCUGCCUCGGCUGUGGAAGGGGAACUGCUGGAGGCAGUGAAAGGUGGGGUCAAAGUAAGAAGCAGCAGGUGGCAGCACAAUGACAGGAAUCUGGGGAGAAGAAGCAUCUAAGCCAGCAGAAUGCAUAGACAGGAGCCAGCUACAAAGUCUUGGGGCAGCAGGUCACAGACAUUGCCACCGGGACUUUAUACAAGUUGCUGGGGUUAAGGUGAGAAGAGGUGGAAUCAGAAGCACAGAGUACACCAUGAGACAGAAAUAAUGGGCUGUGCACAAGAUUUCAUCAUCAUCUCUAUGAACCUAUCAAAUCACAGAAAAGUAAUAACCUGAGUAACGCAGAAGAGAACGCACCGACAGAACCACGCACUCCAGACCCUCCAGCAUUACAGCUGCUCUUUUCAUUUAAGUGAAGCAGAGAAACACCACAGGCUGAAACAUCUCCUGCUUGCUCAUUUUCUUGUCUUUUAGAAUCUCUCUGCCUUCUCCACAUGGGGUCAGAGGAUCAUCCAAUGCAUUCAAUAUUCAGGAUAAUAUUCUUUGCUCUUAUUGGACCAGGCAUUGGAGGAAAUGCCCUUUUGUUUGUGAAGCAUGUGUCCCUGUCCAUCAUGGGGCUUCAGAAAAAGCCCGUAGACCUUAUUCUCAUUCAACUGGCCUUUGCUAAUGUGCUGACACUUUGUGUUGCGAGAAUUACAGAAAGAAGAUCACCUUUUCAUUCUGAUAACUUCCUAAGUGAUAUUGGAUGUAAAAUUGUGGUUUACAUGGAGAGGGUGGCCUGGGGUCUCUCCAUCUGCACCACCUGUCUUCUCAGCAUGGUCCAGGCCACCACCAUCAGUCCCAAGACCAUCCUCUGGAGAAAGCUUAAACCACAGACUACACGGCAAGUCCUUUCCUGUCUUCUCCUCUGCUGGAUCAUUAAUCUUCUGCUAAGCUCCAAUUUGCUCCACUACAUCACAGCAGUCAGUAGCAUGAACAGAUCUGAAGUUGGAGUGUAUGCUGGACCUUGUUACUUACUAUCAUCUGGACAGACAGUCCGCUGGCUUUUCCUCUCUCUCAUGGCUCUUCGGGAUGUCCUCUUUCAGGGUCUCAUGGGCUGGAGCAGCGGACACAUGGCUUUCCGCCUGUACGAACAUCACCAGCGUGUGCUCUACUUGCACAGCUCCCGACUGGCAGUGAAUUCCAGCCCCGAAAUCAGAGCUACACUGAAUAUACUCAUUCUCAUGGCCUGUUUCCUUUUGUUUUAUUUGGCAGAUUUCAUUUUCUCCUUUUACAUAGGGUCCAUGGUAACCCGUGACUUCACCAUACUAAAUAUUAAAAUAUUUCUAGGACUUGGUUAUGCAGUUCUUAGUCCCUUUGUGCUGAUAAGCAAGGAUGUCUACCAGGUUACAUGCUGGCAUAGUGACUGAGAGCCUCGGAGAACAGCCUCCUAUCAUUACUUCUCCAGGCUCAGAAUUCUAUUUCAGUAGUAUACAUGUCAGAAAUAUUUGUUGGGAUCUGCUACAUAUUGAUGGAAAUGGCCACCUGAAAGAAUAAAGCUACUCCUGUGACUUCAGGGAGAUCGCAGGAUCCUCUCCAAGCAGCAAGACUCCAGUGUUGCUCCGGGUGCAGAUAAGCAGAGUCACUAAUGACCCCCGAGCCACCACAGCUUAACUGGGCCUCUGGGUUGAGACUCCUGCUUUUACUUGCAUCCACAGUGUGAGUAAUCUUGCUAGGGAUCUGGCUGUCCAGCUCCUGGCAGUUUAUCUACUAUCGCCCUUCACCAUGCUUUCCUCUCCAUAGGAAGCAUGGAAAUACAACACUUCAGGAAACAUCUUCCAAAUAACGGCGAAAAAAACGUCUCUAAUUGCUGCAUCUGUCUUAGGAAACUUUUUGGAACAGAUCAGGAAAUAUUCUGGCCUGCUUUUAAGGCUUGUGUCUAGGUCCCCCUCUCCUCUCAAGCCUCCUGUGGUGCAGAGGUGGCUGGAUCUAGGAUGUGUGACGCUGGGAUUGAUGUGGUACAAUGCUAGG